AUGCACUCCAGCACCCCCAUCAGCUCCCUCUUCUCCUUCACCAGCCCAGCAGUGAAGAGACUGCUAGGCUGGAAGCAAGGAGAUGAAGAGGAAAAGUGGGCAGAGAAGGCGGUAGACUCUUUAGUGAAGAAAUUAAAGAAGAAGAAAGGAGCCAUGGAUGAGCUGGAGAGGGCCCUCAGCUGUCCAGGGCAGCCAAGCAAGUGUGUCACAAUUCCCCGGUCACUGGAUGGGCGGCUGCAGGUGUCCCACCGCAAGGGUUUGCCCCACGUCAUUUAUUGCCGAGUGUGGCGUUGGCCUGAUCUUCAGUCCCAUCAUGAGUUGAAGCCACUGGAAUGCUGUGAAUUCCCAUUUGGCUCCAAGCAGAAAGAGGUGUGCAUUAACCCUUAUCACUACCGCAGGGUGGAGACUCCAGUCCUGCCCCCCGUGCUUGUGCCAAGGCACAGUGAAUAUAACCCCCAGCUCAGCCUUCUGGCCAAGUUCCGCGGUGCCUCCCUCCACAGUGAGCCGCUCCUGCCACACAAUGCCACCUAUCCUGACUCCUUCCAGCAUCCUCAGUGUUCCGCAUUCCUCCCGUCACCCAGGCUCGCUUUCUCGCAGUCCCCAUGCACUGCCAGCUACCCGCGUUCCCCAGGAAGUUCUUCUGAGCCAGCAAGUCCAUAUCAACACUCAGUGGACACACCGUCCCCGCCUUGUGCCACAGACGCCCCUGGGACCCAGAGUGGCCGACCUGUAGAUGCCACAGCUGACAGUCAUUUAGUGCUGUCCAUGCCUAAUGAAGAGUUCCGGCCAGUGUGCUACGAGGAGCCACAACACUGGUGUUCCGUUGCCUACUAUGAACUGAACAACCGAGUCGGGGAGACGUUCCAGGCCUCCUCCCGAAGUGUGCUGAUAGAUGGAUUCACAGACCCUUCAAAUAACCGCAACAGAUUCUGUCUUGGACUUCUUUCCAACGUAAACAGAAACUCAACAAUAGAAAACACCAGGAGACACAUAGGAAAAGUAAAUCUUAGUGAGGUUGAUGUAAAGGUUGAAGAAGCAAGGAAGGUACUUAGUGGGAAGGAAAAACAACUGGAUUUGCGACUGGGUUGGGGAGCUGAGUAUCAUCGCCAGGAUGUCACGAGCACCCCCUGCUGGAUCGAGGUUCACCUUCACGGACCCCUGCAAUGGUUGGACAAAGUUCUGACUCAGAUGGGCUCUCCACAUAACCCAAUUUCUUCAGUGUCGUAA